UGUGUGUUUUCACUCUGCAUUGCAGCCUUUGGGUCCCUGGAGGUCCCAGAGGAGGGAGUCUGGUCGAGGACCGCGUAGCUAUGUUACAAGAUCCCUUUGAGGACGAGAAGCCCAUUUCUCCAAUUAAAACGCCUCCCACCCACAGCCAGAGAGUGUUCAGGUGGACCCCAGCUGCCUGAUGGUUGCUAAUACUUGGAUUAAGAAGCUGGCUUGCCUCAAAUCGCAGAGCAGUAGCUGUGCUCAGUUUGGGAAACGGAUACAAAUGUCCCGUGUAUAGGCAAACGGAUGCUUAGGAGAACCACUUCACAGAACAGCAUUUCUCAGACUUUUAUGUGCAUAGGAAUCACCUGGAGAUCUUGUUAAAAAUGCAGAUUCUGAUUCAGCGGGUCUGAGGUAGGGCCUGAGAUUCUGCCUUUUUCUGACAAGCUCCCAGGUGAUGGUGAUGUUGCAGGUCCAUGGACUAUGCUUUGAAUAGCAAGUCCUCAGCACAUUCAACUUUAUUCCAGGAUAGGCUCAUCAGUUCCCCCCUGCCUUAGGUUCCUUCUGAUGGAUUGAUAAGUCUAGGUCUUCUCCAGGUUGUCAAAACAGGGCUGAAACUAGUACAUACUCCUUACAUAGACAAACUGUCACUUUGAGGGUUCAUGCAGAUUCAGAGGGGGAAAAAAGCCUGAUAACAAAUGUUUCCCCCAUCCUCCCCUUGCAAGAAAUGAAUCAACAGCAGGAACUACUUACCAUGUAGGCAACAUUUUGAAAAAUUAUUUUCUCCCCACGUGUAAUUUGACUUUCUCACUAAAUCGUGGUCCUGUAACAUGAUCUGGUAGAGUACUCAAUUACAAGCUUCAGAAAACCACAUUUUUGUGGCCCUAGUGGCACGAGAGUUUACCUGGCAAGCUGGUGGCACGUGAGGGCGUGAUAUCAGGAAAAGUGCUCAGAGCAGAGGAAGAGAUUCGAGGUCCAGAAAUGCUGAGGAGUGAGAAGUUCUCCAUAUUCUGACUACUGAAGUGUAUGGAGGUCACACACGCCUGCUUCCAGGAGGCUGGUUGGGUUGUCCAGGCAAUAAACAUUCUGAGCUCAGCUGACAUCACAAAAGGCCACAUGAUUCUACUCGCCAGGGAGGUUAUCCCUCUCGAAGGAUGGAUGGGGUCUGUAGCAAGCAAGAUAAAAAAAUUUUAAAGAUGUUUUUCACUUGUCAUUCUUCCGUGGCCUGUCUUGAUUGGGGAUACCCAGAGAGCGGGAGGAAUGUAGUAGAGACCUGAUAGCGAUGUUGUCUAUGCGCCCCCUCUGUUCUUUAAUGUCCCUUUUCCAUGUCGUUGCUGUCACCACCCCCAGCUCUGGGAUCCUCUGUCCUCUCUUAAUGACCUCUUUGCUUUUUUCAUCUGCCUAACCUCUGUCACCAGAUGUUUUUGUUGUUUUACGUUAGUUUCUGUUUUUUUGGUUUGGGGUAUAUUUUUUUACAUUUCUCUUUGGAAAUAAUUUCAAACUUAUAAAAAGCUGCAAAAAUAAAAUUUGAACAGGGAACAUCCACGUAACCUGUAUCUAGAUUUUCCUCUUGUUAACAUGUUACUCCAUUUGUCUUAUCAAUUCCCUCCCUCCCUCUCUGCCUCUUUGUGUGUCUACAUUUUUUUUCUGAGAUAUUUGAAGGUAAAUUACAAACAUAAUGUCCCUUUGUGCCUAAAUACUUCCAUAUGUACGUCCUAAGAAUAGGGACCAAAUACUGUUUUAAAUGGUGCUGUCUGUUUUUAGCAAAUGACUAAAACAUAAAUGGGUGACUUAGCACCAUUUUGCUCAUUAUAAGCAAUUUGGUAGUAAGGCUAUGUACUCAGAGUGGCGAGGUAGCCUCUUCUCUUUGCUUCCCUUCUGUCGUGUAACAACCUGGCCAGCCUGCUAGCUAGAGGGUUGAAAGAUGAGCUUGAAGGUGCCCCAUUCUAGAUCAUCAUGACUAGAUGCAUACAGGGCUUUAGAUCUAAAGGUGGGUAUGUUUGUGCUGGAUGGGAAAGGUCUGGCCCAGCCCGUAGUCAGCAGUGGGCUCCCCUCGCAGUGUGUGAAGCAAGUGUGAGUUAGCAUGUGCAUGUGAGAUCCCAGAGUUGUCUUCCCGCCCGUGUUUAUCCACAGUACUUAAACAUUUGCAGGACAGUGCGGAGAAUGAGAUCUCAUGGACCUCCUUCAUAGCCUGGCUUGGAACGUUAGAACAUGUUAGGGUGUAACUUGACGCCAUGUACCUUGGCAACUUUGAGGGUAUUGGCAGUCUCACUUGGCCGUCAUGGUGUAGAGAAGGAUCGUGGGUCUGGGAGUCAGUCUAUGUGAGUUCUAACCCCUGCUCUGCCGUUACCUCCCUGUGCGGUAUUAGGCAGACCUCUCUGCCACCUGCCUUUCCCAUUUUGUUAAUGUAGACGGUUGGAGUGGAUGAAUGAACGUCUUUCCGGUCUAAAAUCUAGGGAUUCACAUGUUGGAAACGAGACAGCAAAAAAACGAGUGACGUACACAGGAUCCAGAAGACUUAGAAUUUCAUGUUGCCUUGGCCCAUUGCAUUCCUCCCACUGCCAGCUAGGAACUUCAGAUAUACUUAAUGUAAAGGGGCCUCAGAACAUUGGGGGAAACACAGGAGGCUGCACCAGCACCUGUUUGUAGAAUUUUUAAAAUACAGCUCUGUUUUGGUUUAUUAAAAAGCGUAUGGGAACCUGGUCAUCCAGGUCUGUUACACUCCUCAUAGCAGGACCCCUGUCUUGCAUGCUAUAUCCUCUUGGUGGGCUGUUGCUGGUGACCCAGACGGGAGGUGACGCUCCCAUAGUGGUCGGUCACUACAUAAAAUGUGUCUCUCUCUCUCGUUUGUUUCCCGCCUGCUUUCCGAGCCCCUUUCUCGGACAGUCGACCACAGCAUGUUUGAGAACUUGAACACGGCCCUCACUCCAAAGCUCCAGCCAAGCCGCUCCUUCCCCCACGUGUCCAGGCCCGCGGCCCCCAGCUCUGCCGCCCUGGGGUCUGUGGAGCCCGGAGGGCCUGGACUCUGGGUGGGCAGCAGCCAGCACCUCAAGAACUUGGGCAAAGCCAUGGGGGCCAAAGUUAACGACUUCCUGCGGAGAAAAGAGCCCUCGAGCCUGGGCAGCGUGGGCACGAUGGAGGUCAACAAGACUGCAGGGGCCCAGCUGGCCGGCGGGGCUGACGUGGAUGACGGAAGGUCAUCCCUGCAGGAAGCAUUCCCUCGGCUGGAUCCCCCGCCUCCUACCACCAGGAAGCGAACCCCUCGGGCCCUGAAGACCACCCAGGACAUGCUGAUUUCAUCGCAGCCAGUCCUAAGCAGUCUGGAGUAUGGGACAGAGCUGUCACCUGGGCAGCCCCAGGACUCCCCUCCCACUGCCCAGCCCAGCCCAGCAGAUGCUUCACAGCCAGAGGCCAUCAUGGAAAUGGUGGACAGGGGCGAGGCUCUGCCCAAUGGAGAGGUUUCCCUGUCGGUACCUGACCUAAUCCACAAGGACAACCAGGACGAACCGAAGCUAAAGGUGACUGAGUGCCGAAGGGCCUCCUCCCCUGGCCUCAUCGAGAGAAAUGGCCUCAAACUCAGCCUGAGCCCCAUCAGCCUGGCUGACCCUCUGGAGGACAGCAGCCCGCCUCCUCGGGCACGGACCUCCAGUCUUGACAUGGAGGGCCCUCACCCAGACCUGCUGUCCUUUGAGUAGAGCUGCUUCUGCUCCUGCUGAGACCCCCUCCCCUCUGCUCGCUUCUCCACCGUGCACCCUGGCCCUUGCCCCAGCUCCACCCUGCUGUGUGUCCUGCUUGCACAAGGCUCAGCAGAGCCAGUUCUUCCACAUGGGCUGCUGCAGGGCCACAAGUCCAUGUGUAGUCCUAGUUCAAGAGUGGAAUGGCUCCUUGGCGUGCUGGCUGCAGCCCUUGGAGACCAGGGCGCCUCUGCUCCGAGUUGCCCUGGCUUCCCACUGACCUGCAAGGCCAGCAGCCCAGGAUGAAGGGUAUUCUCUCUGCCUGGCUCCCACACGCUGCCUGCUCUUCUCCCUCACAUGCCCUCCUGGUUCCUUCCUUCUCCUCCCUGGGGGCCAGAGGCCUCCUGCCUCCGGGAGGAUCAGGCUGGAUGAGGGAUGACGGGUUUGGCUGGAUGAUGGGCCCAGGCCCAGAAAGCCGCAUACCCCGAGCACAGCACAGCCACAGCUCCUCCUGACCCCAAGACAGCACAGGCCCUUGGGUUGUUACCUCGCCUCUGCCCGUGUGGAUGCAAGCCGGGGGCAGUGCUUACCGGACCUGAGACAGGUCCGGGCAGCCGUAUCGACACCCCGGGUUCACAGGGUGUGUCUCGUCUAGCCUGAGGCAGGGCACAGAGCCAGCCACCGAGAGCGCCUGCCCAGCAUGGGAGUGUGGAGAGGCACUGGGCAAGAUGAUGCAGCCAGCUACGCUCGGGCUCCUUGCACAGACGAAGAGACCUGGGCUUCCCUUGCUGUGCGUGAAGACAGGGCUAGGCAGGCCCUGGCAGAAGCAGCAGAGCAAGUUCUGAUUUCGUUUGGCGGGGAGGGCCCAGGAACCUGGCGUCCAGGGAGCUGGUCCUGAGAGAACCCAGAGCAGUAGUGGGGAAGGUAGUGAAAACGGGAUGGGGAAAGAGUAGUCGUAAGGGCUCAGAGCAGCUUUUCAGGGUUUCCACAGUGUGAUGUGAUGUAGUUCUAGGGUCUAGGCGUGGUAAGUGCAGGAAGCAAGGUGAGAAGUGUGAGAGGUUGGAAUGUGGUAGGAACCGUGGAGCAGGCCACGCUUAAGUAGGAGGCGCUCCGCUCUUGCACAGAAGGUGCUGUCUACCUGCCUGCCUCUGGGGUCUCUGUGAAGGACUGACAGUUCACACAGCCCCACUGGUUCUGCCCUCCUGGGUUAACCCACGUCUGUGUUCCUGUCUCCCACCAGGGGUCCUGUCAUGCUGUUUUCCUGUGGCCAAGAGACCCUGUCGGGGGGUGAUCCCAACCCCGGGGGCCUUUGCAGCAAGAAGAGAACAUGCCUUUUUUUGAGCAAGGUGGCUGGGUCCCCGGGAGAAGGCUGGGAGUGGCACAUCUGGCCAGAGUGGGCUGUUCGGUUCUCCUUCUGUGACUCCUGCCGCCUCCCCUUUUCUAUUCUUUGUUCGGCUUCCCACUCUGGGUGCCCCAGAGCUCACUGCCCACUUCAUCUCAUCACCCAGUUCCUGCUCCCCAGGAACCACCCCUGCCUUAUAAAAUGUCCAAGCUAACUCCUGUAGACCCGGGAGCCUCGGGGGACCACCGGGAUGCAGGUGCCCUUCCCGCCUCCUUGCUUCUGCAGCCGGGGGCCUUGCCGUAGCUCUCCCGCCGCCUUUUCUCCUACCCUGCAUUCUCAGAGUGAAGCUUUGUCUCAUCUUCCUCAGGAGGGUCCAGGCACGCCGGGCACCUUGCAGGCCGUGGUGAAGUGAGGAAGGCUGUUACUGAAUUGAGUCGAUCCUGACUUACUCCAGGAAUAUCACAAAGAUGUUGAUCUCUGACCCUGAUGCUCAGAAGUUCUCAGGACUAGCAUUUGGGGGCCCGUGAGUUUUCCCACAAUGGUUUGGGGUUCUGCACAAAACACAGAGCUGGGGGCAGAGAACUAAACCCACGGGCUGACAGCUAGCCCACUCUCAUCUGUGCUUCCAUCCCAGAAGCUCGGUUUGCUUCUCUGAUGGGAAACUUACCAGGUUCCUGCACUCUGGGGCUACUCCUCUCCCAGAGACCAGGGUGGCUCUGGCCGGGUGUUAUUGUAGCCAUAGGUGCAGAGGUGGCAGGCCCGGGCUGGCUUAAGCACCCUGCUCUCUGCUCCACACCCAGCCGCUGCUGAGGUCCUGGCCCUCAGACCCAGGGUUAGCCCAGGGAUCCUAUCAGGCUGUCCCAGGACCGUGGCCAGGGUGGUCCCAGUGUUCCUUGGACUCGUGUCUAGUACCAAACAAGGAGCUGUGGGACCCUGCUUCAAUGUCUGGGUGGCCUCUCUGUGAUCUCCAUCUCAGCCAUCCUUCUACAGGAGGGGUGAGGCUGCUACCGGGGUGGAGGAGCUCUCUGAGGCUAAAAUCAGGUCCUAGAUGUGACAGAGAGUGCCUGGUGCCAGGGCUAAGUGUAGCCCAGAGGCCAGUAGGAACAGCGACUUCUAUCCUGCUGAGGGCCCCGGCUCAGACCAGCUCUCUAUGCAAAGCCCCACUUGACUUCCCAUGUCCCUGUCAACAGCCUGACCUGCCCAUGACUGCGGCAUGGCAGUCACCCCCCUGACACACCCCUCAUGGUGAAGCCAACUUCUCUGGAAGCUUGGCCCAGUCUGCUCAAGGACAGGGUACUGAGGAGAAAUGAAGGGCCUGUCUUCUGUGUCCACAGAAGGAAGCUGGGGCCACAGAGUUUUUUUCUCUCCCUGUUACCCACUGUCCUGUGUUCCCAUAUUCAGCAAUAGUUUUACCCUGAUAGAUGCAAGGUGAGCUUCCAGAACUUGGCAGGAAGGUGGCCUAUUCCCCUGCAUGGAGAGAAAUGUAUCUGUGUUAACGAAUGUGGGUGAUAUGAAGACAUUCAUGUAGUCCAUCAACUUUUAAAGAACAAAGAGGUUGGCCCCCGUUUGGGGAAAGAAGAAUAUUACAGAGCUAUUCCAAGUGUUUUCUAGAGAUUUUAUA